AUGUCUACGACGAACGCGAAACGUAUAUGCCAGAUCAUCAAACUCAGGCCUGAACAUGCCGAAGAGUACAAGAAAAUCCACUCUGCCGUCUGGCCUGGCGUCCUGUCUGCACUCGAGAGGCACCAUAUCGUGGACUAUUCCAUCCACUACUACCCGCCUCUCAACUUACUCAUCGCCAACAUGAAGUACACCGGUACUGAUUACGACGAGGACAUGGCGGGCAUUGCAGAAGAUCCGGAGACGAACCGUUGGUGGGCCGUGACUGAUGGUAUGCAGGAGAGCUUUAACGCGGGGGCGACGGGGAGUAAAGAUUCGCCAGCGCCUUGGUGGACGGAACUGGAAGAAGUCUUCCGCUUUGAAGGGAAGGCCUAA